AUGGGAAGCACAGUGAUGGAGACGGAUAAGGAGAGUUCAAAGAAAAUGCCAAAGAAGAGGAGAAGUCUGCGGAUUAACAUGCCACUCGAGACGCGGGAGCGCGACUUUGGUGCAUUCAAUGUCCCUCAAGUGGAGACGAGUGACUCAAGGACUCAAAGCGGCGCUCAGACGGGAGAACGACUCAUUCGUUCCGCCAGCCCCACCAAGAGAGUUUCUGCUAAGAGCUCGACCAGCGUGCCCUCAACACCCCAUUCAGCUCCAGUGCAGUCAAAGACCAGUUCACCUUUGCCUAAAAGUAUCUUCCCCUACCCCUCACAUCUGAACUCCUCUCCCAAAUCCCCCCGCCGCUUCAGCUUCAGUGGUAUCUUCCGCUCCAAUUCCUCUUCUGCAAGCAUGAAAAUCUUCUCCAGAACCAGGAAAGCUUCUGGACUUUCCACGGCACCCAGUACCCCGACCCAGACAGCCAGCCAGCCUGUGUUCACCCAGCAUGCCCAGCAGAGCAGCCCCAGCCCCGAGCGCCUGGAGCUGAGCUCCCGAGCCCGCUCCAUGUCCACACCCCCCGACACGGGACAGCGCCUCAGCCUUCCUUCUGCAAAACCCCCAAUUCCUUCAAGCAGUCCUGUGCCAACCUACUCUACCUCACACCACGUUUGCUGUAACACAGAAGCGGGGCGCCUGCCUGCUGUGGUGCAGCAGGGUCAGAUUUAUGAAAGCGCAGGGGUAAUUUCUGGCAAGAGAAGUGCUGUGUCACCACUGCAGGGCUACGGGAAGACUGUCUACGGCUUAUUCGAAGGUAUGCUGGAGAAACUUGAACUAGAUGAUGAUGCUGCUGAGCCCGAGAGUGAUAUUUACAUGCGCUUUAUGAAAUCCCACAAGUGCUAUGACAUCAUCCCAACAAGCUCUAAGUUGGUUGUGUUCGACACAGCACUUCAAGUUAAGAAAGCCUUCUUCGCCUUGGUGGCCAACGGCGUACGAGCCGCUCCGCUGUGGGACACAGAGAAGCAAAGCUUUGUGGGGAUGCUGACAAUCACAGACUUCAUCAUCAUACUGCACAGAUACUACAAGUCACCAAUGGUAGAAGUUUAUCUUCAAGCAACAUUCAAGCCGCUGGUCAACAUAUCACCGGAUGCAAGCCUAUUUGAUGCUGUGUACACCCUCAUCAAAAACAAAAUUCACCGCCUGCCUGUCAUUGACCCCGUCACAGGGAAUGCACUUUAUAUUCUCACACACAAGAGGAUCCUCAAGUUCCUCCAGCUGUUUAUGUGUGAAAUGCCAAAGCCAGCUUUCAUGAAGCAGACUCUGGGUGAGCUUGGCAUUGGAUCAUACCAUGACAUUGCGUUCAUCCACCCUGACACACCCAUCAUCAAGGCACUCAAUAUCUUUGUGGAGAGACGAGUGUCUGCCCUGCCUGUGGUGGAUGACUCGGGCAAAGUUGUGGACAUUUACUCCAAGUUUGAUGUGAUUAACUUGGCUGCAGAGAAGACAUACAACAACCUGGACAUUACAGUGACGCAGGCCCUGAAGCAUCGCUCUCAGUACUUCGAAGGAGUCAUGAAGUGCCAUAAAAUGGAAACAAUGGAAACUAUUGUGGACAGAAUAGUCAAAGCUGAAGUGCAUCGGUUGGUGGUGGUGGACGAGCGCUCCAGUAUAGAGGGCAUUGUUUCCCUGUCAGACAUCCUCCAGGCCCUGGUGCUCAGCCCUGCAGGUAUAGAUGCUCAGCACUGAUAGCCACAACUUCCCUCCCGUGCUGGACCCUCAGCUCUCUUCCCCCCCCCCACAUGUCCUCUAACACUGUCCCAGGUAGGAAAUGCACCUGUUAGAGGAAUGGCUGGACAUCGCCUGUAGCUGGCUCUGAGGAGGCAUGGCGCCCAUCCACGUCCAGGGGAGGGCGGGGGGGUCACCAGCCCUCGGCCUCUUGUCAAAUAACCCCAGGCUGCUGCUCAGCAUGGCACGUGUAGAAACACACCUAACAAACUUAACAUCUCGUGUGGAGCUUCAUCCGUGAUGAUGUUCUCGGGAAUAAUGAUAAACUCUUCUAAUGUUUUCGCUGGUUCCUAUCAGGACCUACUGUUGUUUCAGAUGGAGACAGUGU